AUGUCAUUAGAAGACCUGCAGACUCAACUCGCCGAACUUAGAACUGCGAAUGAAGAACUGCGUCAACGGAUUGGACAACCCAGCACUUCUCAAAACAUGUCGGUGAACAGAGUAGCCGUCAAACUUCCGCCCUUUUGGCCUGAAAGACCAAGUCUGUGGUUCUGUCAAGUUGACUCGCAAUUUCUUAUAUCUGGAAUUACCAACGACGACACCAAGUUUCACUACGUGGUCUCGCAAUUGGACACAGGAAUUGCUGCUGAAGUCGAAGACAUCAUAACAAACCCUCCUCAAGGCGACAAAUACGGACAUCUAAAAAAGAAACUGAUUGAACGCCUCUCUGCAUCCGAAGAGCAACGUGUGCGGCGGCUGCUGAGUGAAGAGGACCUUGGAGACCGCAAGCCUUCUCAGUUUUUGAGGCAUCUUAGGUCUCUUGCGGGCUCGACUCCCCUUCAAGACAACAUGCUUCGUCAACUGUGGCUCAGACGACUCCCUCCUCAUUCACAAGCCAUAUUGACUACGCAACUUGAGCUCUCCUUGGACAAACUGGCAGAACUGGCUGAUAAGAUCAUGGAGGUAGCUGACAUUCCUUCAACACCUGGUAUUUGUGAAGUCUCUUCAGGUAACACUUCUUUAUUAAAUGCAAUAGAAUCCCUCUCUAAACAAGUUCAAGCAUUAUCAGAAACCAGAGUACGAGAUACACAGGUGAGACCUAGGGGUCGUUCCCAGUCUCGUGGUGGAUCAGGAAACGAACCUAAUCCCUCUAAGAACUGGUGCGGGUACCAUAGAAAAUUCAAAAACAAUGCUACCAAAUGUCUUUCUCCGUGCUCUUUUCAGGGAAACCUCAGCAACAAUCCGUAG